UAUUUGGCUAUGUUUAUGUUGUGCAAAGAGGACCAUGCUAUUAAGAAAUUACUUAUUUCAAUGGAUUCUUAUAUUUUUAUUCCUUCUAACUUUAAUGUAUUUGAGAAUAAGAAUAACAAGCCUAGAAGACAGCAACCAAUUACUCCAUGAUGCUGUUAUGCAAAUAAACUCAAAAUCGAAGAAGGAUAUUGCCUUUGACUCAAAAAUAUACAACAAGGCUCUUCAGCAGGAUGAUAUAGUUUUAAUGUAUAAUAGAGUACCGAAAACAGGUUCCACGAGUUUCGUGGGUGUGGUCUAUGAUCUGUGCAAAAGAAAUAAGUUUCACACACUUCACAUCAAUAUUACUAACAAUAUGCAUACUCUUAUGCUCGUGAAUCAGGUAAACUUUGUGCGCAAUAUAACUCUUUGGGAUGACAUAAAGCCGGCAUUUUAUCACGGUCACAUGGCUUAUUUAAAUUUUGAAAAGUUUGGAGUUCAGAAGUCGCCGCUGUACAUAAAUUUACUGCGCAAGCCUUUAAACAGAUUUGUUUCUUAUUACUAUUUUCUGAGGCAUGGGGACAAUUUUAGACCUCAAAUAAUCAGAAAAAAACAUGGCGAUACAAAGACGGAAGCUCAGGAACAUAUUCAUCAGGAGCGAGGACUCCACCGGAAGCCUCAUGGAGAUUGA